AUGGGAAUGCCGGCGGGGGCUUGGCAACCGCAACCCGGCGGAAAUGGAACCCCGGAUGAGUACAACAUGAAGCAGAUAUGGCAACCCGAUGGGCAUAUGGAACCUCCGCAGCCCUUUGGAGUCGGCCCACCGAUGCAUCCGAUGGGCCCCAAUGGUAUGAUCGACGGCAUGGUCGGCGAAUACAUGAGACCCGACGGCACGUGGGAGAUCCCCGGUGGUCCACCCAUGAAGCAGGAAGAAAUGUGGAAACAGGGGCCACCACACCCCGGGCAACACCCACAAUGGGUACCCAACGGAAGGUGGAAUGGGCCACCUGGACCCCCGCAAAUGAUGCGCCAACCACCGCCACCGCCCAUGGGCCGGCCGAUGCCCCCGAUGGCAGGAAAUGGCUGGCCCCCAGGCGGUAUGAUCCCGGGGAUGAAUGGGCCCCCGCAAGGGAUGGCCCCAUGGAAUGGGCCACCUGGCGGAGGCGGCCGAGGUGGAAUGGGACAGCGGGGCGGACGACCUGGAGGAGGAGGAGGGCCGAAUGGACGAUUUGUCGACCUCUCGAUUCCGCCGCCUAUUGAUAUUCCGUACCAAGGCCACAUGGGAAUGCGCGGAGGCCCACCCCCAGCCGGACCUCAGAUGUGGAAAGAUCCCGCGGCGAUGGGCAUGCGGAAUCCACAGUUCACCCCGGAUAACCAAUUCCAAGCCCAGAACGUGGACUUUGGGUCGCCGUACGGGCAGAAGCCGAUGAGCCAAGGGGGCAUGGGGCAAUUUAUUGCCGGAGCGCCGCCACCGCCCGAGAACGACAGCAUGGUGUGGCACGAUCCAAACGGGGAUUUGAAGAAGUGGCAGAGGGACACUGGAGUUAAUAUUUGGGGCGAUCCGGAUAAGGCUGCCCAACGUCCCGUCAAGAUGUGGACCGUGGACGAGGGUCAAGAAGAAGACUACGAAGCCGCCCUCCAAAAAUGCCCGGUGCCCAGAAAAACGGAUCUGCAGUCGGAACUCGAUUCUCCGCGUUCGGCCUCUGCGGCCACGACGACGGCGAAACGAACGAUUGUGUCGACCGGAUGGGGAGAUCUGCCUGACAAUGACCCGAACAAGACCCUCAGUGACGAUCAGCUGUGGGCCAAGGAGAAUUUGGGAGGAAAUUCGGCAAGCUGGGACUUCCCGCCGACCAGCCAGCAAUUUUCGUCGGAUGCGAAUUGGUCUAGUGCCCUUCAAGCAGCUUCCCCCGGUGGUGGCCAUAUCGAAAACCUGGCCGAAAAGAUCCGACUCGCCGUAGACAAGGGAUACCUCGAUUUCCACAAUGCAGCUUCAUUAAAGCAGCUACCACCAAGCGUGCUGACCCACAUCAACACGCUGCUGAACAAGCUGCCCGAGUUGGAGACGGUCGAAAGGGACAUGGGCGAGCUUGUGGCCGUCAGCAAGCCGGAUGGGCAGGAGAUUCCCACGAACAGCCCGAAGCACUUUAUGAACGAGAGUCAGCAGAUGGACUACGACCGAAUGGUGAUCCAAGUGACCACGCUACGCAUCGAGCUCUCCCAACAGGCCAAGAACAUUCGCCGCCUCCUCACCGAGUCCGGCAUCAACCCCGUGGAGCAAGAGUUCGGCAGCGAGCCCUACUACCCGUUCCUCGACCAGAACCAU